AUGGAAGAUGACACACAUCAGCCAGAUGAAACGAAUAGUCACUUGAGGGCCAUGAAGACGUACUUGAAGGUCAAGGAUCCAAGUGAAUUGAGAUUUCCCUUGCAGUCGAUUGAAUCAUCUGAAUUCAACGAGGUGGUGCAGAUUGACCACCAGAAAAUAUGCAUGACAGACAGUGGCUAUAAUCAGGUCUUGGUCAUGAUAGACCUGUUAACGAAGUAUGCAGAGGCUGUGCCCUACAUAAAUGCCUCAGCAGAAGAGACGAGCGAUCAUCUAAUCAAUAAGUGGAUAGCGAGACAUGGUUGUCCGAUGACGUUUCAAUCGGAUAACGGAACAGCUUUCGCGGGAGAACUUGCGAAAGAGCUCAUGAGACGUUCACAGAUGGCUCAAGCUCACUCCACGACAUACCAUCCCCAGACGAAUGGCUUAGUGAAAAGGUACAUGACCGACUGUGACAGAUACCUUCCACAGGUGAUGGGAGCUUACAACAGCACGCAACACUCCACCACCGGAGUUAGUCCACAUAUGAUUUUAACCCGACAAGAGAAGUCUUUGCUCUUGACUUUCUUUUACCCAGAGUAUGAAGGGAAGAAAACAUCACCACAAGUUCCAUAUGGAAGGGAUGUGAUUAGAUGUCAGCAAGAACUAAACGACUUGUGUAGGCGGAACACUCAGCAGGCACAUGCAAGGCAGAGGAAAAAGUUCGAUAAAAAAGCAGCUGGUGCAAAAGCUUACUCGGUAGGAUACUACGUAUGGGUGUUUCAAAACGUUAUACCAUCGAACGGGAUGAAAAAGCUCCUAAAAAGUGGAGGGGACCCUUCAUGA